UGCUGUAGGUUGUUGCUACUGUAGUUUGGAGUCACCAAGACUCAGAACUGAUAAUACCCUCGUACACACACCGGACUGAAACAAUUUUUUGGUUAACAUUUCCAUUCCAAAACUGUAUGUAAUCUUGUGCAUAUACAGUCUCCUAUUUGUUUUGAGACAAAAACAAGAUGGAACUUAAUUCGCUUCUAAUUCUGCUGGAGGCUGCAGAGUACUUGGAAAGAAGAGACAGAGAGGCAGAACACGGAUAUGCCUCGGUUUUACCAUUCAGUAGCGACUUCUCCAGGAAGAAGACGAAAAGCUCAGCAAUAAACAGAAAAAGUCCGAACAAUAGAUCGUCGCACAACGAGCUGGAGAAACACAGACGCGCCAAACUACGGCUGUACUUGGAACAGCUGAAGAAGCUGGUGCCUUUGGGUCCAGACAGCACCAGACAUACCACACUGAGCUUGCUGAAAAGGGCCAAGAUGCACAUCAAGAAGCUGGAAGAGCAGGACAGGAAGGCUUUAAACACGAAGGAGCAACUGCAAAGAGAGCACCGCUACCUCAAACGUCGACUUGAGCAGCUCUCCGUGUCCGGAUCGGUGGAACGCAUCCGCACGGACAGCAUGGGCUCCACCAUCUCCACCGACUCUGAGCAAGAGGUGGACAUCGAGGGUAUCGAGUUCACCCCUGUCGAGGUCGACAGCGUGGGGAGCAUCAGCGACCCCGAGGAAGAAGAGGUGGAGGACGAGGAGGAGGAGGACCACUACAGCCUCCAGAGCAGCUCCAGUGACACCAGCUACACGGCCCCACAUUCCCACAGACUGCAGCCACACCACUGUUAGACUCCCGUGGCCCGAUGAUCCAUUUUUUUUUUUCACCCCAAAAUCCUCCAGACCACCACCAACCAACUUGACCGUGUGUACGCACAACACACAUCAAUGCAGUCCACAAAGGCGCUAAAUGCCACACAAGCCUACUCGACAGCUCGCCCUCCCCAACCCUUGUUGUAUCAAGUCCCAACCAACCAACCAACCAACCAACCAACCAACCAACCAACCCCUUAGCCUAGUGUAGCUCGCUGCAGGCUCACAUACAGCAGUGGGGGACUUCUGUGGUGAGAAGCUUUAACUGUUUGGGAGUCAGAGUGUAUGUAUGCGUGUGUUUGCAUGUGGCUGUCAGAUGAUAACACAACAAAAAGCUCUGUCUCAUCUCCACAUGGCAAUAGCACGCAGAAAAAGGCCUUAAAGUAUACAAAUGACCUCCGUCGGUUUCCGCAGUCUGUACACAACUAGGACCUCAUUAGCCAGCCACAUCACAUAGUACGAGCAAUAGUCACACGCAUGAAUGCGAAGGGAAGGUCAAUAAUGUUCCUACGCCAGAAUCAGGAAAUAUUUUUUAGCUUGGCACCAACGAGGUGAAGGAAAACUAGUCGACCUGGUUGUAACAAUGAAAGGACGGAAAAUACAGUGCACCAGCACUCUAAAAUUCCCCUAAAAUCUCAUUUCAUUUGUACAGUUAAAUUGUAUUCAUACAGUUCCUAGUCGUAACAGAAGCUACAGUUGUGUUCAGAAUAACAGUAGUGUGUUGAAAAAAUGAGCAAAGUUUAAAAUGCUAAGUAGUUACAUGUGACAUGGAGUCCGGCCAUUUUAACACACCACUGCUAGCCUGAACAUAGCUGCCAAAUUUUAGCCUAAUAGCCUCGUCAUUUUCCUUCUGUUAUCAGACUAAGGCGUUCCUCCAGAUUGAAAGGUUUUCAAAAAAAGCGACAUUCUCCCUGCUUCUUGCCGUCUUCACGCGAAGCUAAUCUAAGCUAGGCUAAUCGAGUCCACCGGCCGUAUUGUAAUUCAAUUUUUUUUUGAACAAAAACAAGAGUCACUGAGCUGCCGCAGGGAACUGAAUCAUUUUAUUAAUUUGUGUGCCCCCUCUCCCCAUCCACCCCUCGCUGCCAUUUUUUUUUUCUCACCACUACUCCACACUACUGACCACUACACUAUAACACCCUAUGGUGUGGAUGGACUACUAUGGCCUUUUCGCACUUCAGUAGCGAAGCGAUGUAGCAGAGCAUGCAGGAGGAGGGUGCUUCCUCCGAAUGUUUCAAAUGAUUCCCUCCGGGACCACGAGGCGCCACCGGAGACUCGCGCCCCUUUUUAAUGCCAAACCACCAAAUGGCCGAAUCGGCGUUCCUCUGCAGCAGCUCUUUUUUUUUUUUUUACGUUGUUCUUAAAUAUCCCCUUAAGAUGACUAACUCUCCUCAUGUUCUUGUCACAGUCAGUCAUAUUUGUAAGAGAAAUAAUCUUUUUUCUUCUUCUUAACCUUUAAGGUUACAAACGACAGUCACUAUUGACGGAAGAGGCGCUUCUGUUGGCCAUUUCAGGCCACAUCUUUGCGGGAAAAAAAAAGGUCCAUCCUGUUAGACCUUGUAAAACAAAAAAAAAGAAAAAAAAAAUUAACAAAUCUCAAAUGCACACAAAAAAAAAUCACUAUAUUCGCCAGUCUAGUCUAUUUCUUGCAUUACAUUUUGUAUUCUAUUUUCCUACAUGUGCUCUUUUAAAAAAGUGAUGAAUAUUAUUUUUGUGUGCACAUGCAUACUAAUUUUUGUAUAUAUAAUAUGCAAAACUGACUACGUAUGGAUGUAUACACAAAUACAAUACAAAGCCUUUCCAGAGAUAAUAAUAAUGUUCCAAAUGCUUUUAGUUGGGUAGAUGGCCUAAAGUCUUACCAUAUGAGCUCCCCCCCCCCCCAACUAUUAUCUCUGUAAAGGCCAAAUAGUGGAAACAGUCUCCUAAGAUUGUGCAGGUGUACCUAAUGUAGUGACCGCUGCGUGUAUGUAUAGCUUUGUAUAGAAAUAGAAAGCUGGAUCUAAAUCUAGAGAGAGACUUGUGGAAGGAAGGGAGUACGGGGGCAGACUCUCCUGCUGUGUUCUGUGCCUUGGUGAGCCACCCGCCCUGACCCCGCCCCCAAAGCCCGGUCCCCCACUCAGGUUGCCCUCCACCCCUUGUCACCCAUCAACUCGAAACAUCAACCAAAAACACUUCCAACCAGCAGGGGGCGUGCCAGGAGAGGUCCACGCACCCCCCCACCCCGACCUCACCCCCACCCACCCCCCUCCACACUGGUAACACCCCACGGCAGCUUCUAGUUGGCCCCCCCUCCUAAAAUGGUCACCACCAGGGGCUGGACCUUUUCAGGCUUGAAACUUGUUUUAUGCGGAUUAUUUUUUUUUGUUUUAUUUUCAAAGACUUUGUGUUAGUGGAGCGGGCGUGGCCGGGAGAGGAGCGAUAUUCAAGAAUAAUUGACCCGAUGGCAGCUUUGCGGCGUGAUCGUCUCCUCGACGUCCCACCUAAGGCUCGGCUCCAACAACAGUGUUUGCUUGUUUCUGUUUGUUAGCUUCCAUGCUGGCACAGCAAUACGACCAUUGUGCGCUUUUUGCAAGGUGCGGCCAGGGUUUUAUUUGAUCUUUGUGUUUUCUUCUGGAAGACAAGCAUUUUCUUUUCGCUUAUGACUCUGUGGUGCGUUUAAUGGUGACCAACUCUUGACGACCUCCUAUCUGCACUCUCUUCAAACACUGCAGGAGGGCCCAAGAAAAAAAAAUAUGGAGAUUUAAACGAAACAAAAAAAAGCUUUUUUUUUUUUUUUUUUGUCAUUGACAGUUUACAUUCAUGUCGAGAAUUUGAACAUGACCGUUUGUAGCGUUCCUUUUAGUCUGUUAGUUAGAAAUGUUUGGUAGCACAUUGUUGCCACACGCCAAAAAAGGCUCAGUAUCACAUAAUGACGUAAAAAGUUCCUUGUAAUGUGCGAAACCUCCUAAACCAGAAGGACCACACCGCCCGAUGGUGGCAGCGAGUUCAGUUCAACUGACUUCACAAUAUGUAGCACUUUGCCAAAUAGUGAGCAACCCCCCCCCCCAAACGAGGCUCACGUUGUUUAUUGCCACUCCUAGUUCCAAUUAACUGUUAAACUAAACACAAAACUGCCCAAAGGCCCCACUAGCUUAUUGUUAACUUGCGACUAUGUUGCUGUUCUGUAAGCAAUCGAUUGAACACAAAUCUUCCAGCAACCACGGCCUCCCAAUUUAACAGUAUAUAUUCUUUAUCCUCUGCAUAGAACUGAUAUUUGUCAGUUACUAUGCAUCGUAAGACACAUCCUUCUAGAAUAGGAUUAGCUGCUGCAGAGGAAAGGACCGCUGACAAAUCAAAUAGGAUUGAUUCGUCAUCAUGAGUCUAUCUGAGCUAUACUGCCUCCAGGUGGUCAAGCCAGUCACGCAAGAAGGAACAGACUUUCAGAUUCUUCGAAUUCUAUUCUGUUAUCACUGAAUGUUUUUAGAAGUGACACUGAGCCUUUUUUUUUCCCUUCCGUGUGGCAGCGAUAUGCUUUCAUUACAAAAAAAAAACCAUAUUAAUGGAAUAAAAGAUGAUCUCUUGCACAGAACCUUCCCUGUAGGGAUGAGGAUGGAACGAGCGAGGCGAUUUGCGGGCCACACGUGAGAUUAGAAUUCAGUGCUCAAGAGUUAGGGUAACUUGCAAGAUAAAUUCCCCAAAAGAUGCACAAGUCUUGAAAUUAUGUUGGAGAAAUAUGUCAAUUAUAACUUCUUUUUACUACUUUUAUCUUUUAAAAGUAUGCCAUUUUCUUUUUAAAAUGAUUACCUUGUUCCCGAAUCAUGACAAUUUCUGACUGUUCUCCUAAAUAAUUUCUUUCUUGCGUCUAUUUUAAUCCUAAAUAAGUUCCUCAUUUUUGUAUAAACUAUUUUUUUUCUUGUAAUAUUUCCCUUUUUUUCCCCCUCAACAUUAAACACUUAGUCAAUGACAAAAAAAUCUAAUUAAUACUGUAAAAUUAAAAUAAAAUAUUCCCUUUUUCCUUCUGAAAUAAAAUCACCUCAUAAUAAGAAAUUAUCAGGUUAGAAUUUAUCUUCCCAAUUUUUUUUAAACAAUUUAUUCCUAACAGCAAAAUUACCAAAAUAGAAAAAAAAGUAGUGUAUUUUAAACUGGUGAUGGUUCUUUGUUCUUUCCUUUUUUCUUUUCCGUGUGGCACUAACAGCCCUUGGUAGAAUGUGAGCAGCUGACAUAGUCAGCAGCUAUAGAAAAAAACAAACCUUUCAAUGACGUGCCUUGUGAUAAAUGUAUUUUCUUAAAAAGUAAUUUAAAUUGUAAAAAAAAAAAAAAAGAGAUUAUCUAUGUAAUCAGUGAGUGACUGAUUAUCCACUGUAUCUGCUCUAAGUGCAAAUGGGAGGCACAGAUUGAACACACCAUGAUGAUGAUGAUGAAGAUGAGUGGUCUACUGUGCAUCCUAAGUGCUUGUCAAAUCAAUAUUCCUGCCAAAUACAAAAGUCACUUUUGAACACCCUCACCAUGCCGGAUAACUAGAGAGAUUCAUGAAAGGACACUCAAGUCAAGAUGUGUCUCGACGGCGAGCAGGGGGGAGCGUUCUGUGCCAGAGACCUGUUGAGUUAUGUUCCUGAUAGCAGAUAUAAAAACAAGGUUUUUGUGCGUUCGUAUGCAUGAGUUGAGUGUGUGUGCGAGCGCGAAUGUGUGUGUGUGCACGAGUACCUGGUGCUAGCUAUGUUUGAGCAAACACUUGAAGGUAUUGUGUACGUUCUCAUUGUAAUAUAAUUAAAAUGUUUUCUACUUAAAA